UUCCUUCUAAGUACUUGCAGAAGUUAUUCUUACCAACUCACUCCAAACCCUCUUGAACUGAAGUUGCUUGGUCUUUGCUUUUUCAGAAAACAAAUGGGAUGAAAGUCCAGGGCUGGGACUUCCUCCUAGGGUGUUUGACAAGGACUGACUCACUAUAGGCUCUUUGAAUCCCGGAAGUCCAGGACACACCCAACCCUGAUUGCAGCAUUCCUGAAAGCCAGCAGAGGUAAAGGGACAGAAGCAAAAAAAAAAAAAAAAACCAAAACAUUUCAACAUGCGGGACCCACUAGCAGACUGUUCGUAUAACAAAAUGUACAAGAGCCUAAAGGAGUUUUCUCAAAAUGGAGAGAAUUUCUGCAAGCAGGUCACAUCAAUUCUUCAGCAAAGGGCAAAUUUGGAGAUUAGCUAUGCCAAAGGACUUCAGAAACUGGCAAUCAAGCUGGGCAAAGCAUUACAAAGCACAAAGAAAAACUGUCUUGUCAGUGCCUGGGCCUGGGUCUCGGAAGGCAUGAAAUCUGCAGCGAACCUGCAUCAAAAACUGGGCAAAGCAAUUGAGUUGGAAGCAAUAAAACCAACUCAUCAAGUUCUGACUGUACAUGAAAAGAAGAGAAAAUCUCUUGAUAACGAAGUUGAAAAGACAGCAAAUCUUGUCAUUAGCAACUGGAAUCAACAAAUUAAGGCCAAGAAGAAGUUAAUGGUGAGUACCAAGAAACAUGAAGCACUUUUCCAUCUUGUAGAAAGCUCCAAGCAAACCAUGACUGAGAAAGAGAAGCAGAAGCUCCUGAAUAAAUUGAAAAAAUCAGCGGAGAAAUUGGCAAAAGAAGAUGAAAAUUACUACCAAAAAAAUGUGGUUGGGUGUUCUGCCAGACUGAAAUGGGAAAACACACUGGAACACUGCUACCAAAGCAUCCUAGAGCUGGAAAAAGAAAGAAUCCAGCUUUUAUGCAACAACUUGCACCAGUACACCCAGCAUAUUUCUGUUUUUGGCCAAACCCUGACCACAUGCCACACGCAGGUUCACUGUGCCGUCAGCAAGAUCGAUGUGGAAAAAGACAUCCAGACACUAAUGGAAGAGACUGCAGUUUCCUCUACAGAAAAUAAAUUUGAGUUCCUAUUGACUGACUAUUUUGAAGAGGAGUCUAACAAUGCAAUGACUAAGGAACGACAGAUGUCUUCAAUAAAAUCAAAACUGCUGAGGCUGCAAAGAGACAUUGAAAAAGCUUCGAGAGACCGGGAAGGCCUGGAACAAAUGCUGAAAGUCUACUCUGACAACCCCUCCUUCUCAGAUGCAGAGAGCCAGAAAAUCACAGCAGCCUUAAUGGAUGAGACUAAUUUGAAACUAGACCUUUUGCAAGCCAAUUCCUAUAAACUGUCAUCAGUGUUAGCAGAACUUGAGAAAAGACCUAAACCCAGCCAUCCCUGUAGUGCCUCCAUCUUCAAAUGGAAAGAAAAGCAGACACAUAGUUACUUGAAAAUAUCUCGGCCUUUUCUGAUGAAGAGAUUGGAGAAUGUGGUGAACAGAGCAUCCUCUGGUGGGCUGAGCUGUCCAACUUCUACGUCAGCAGCCUCCAGUGUGGCCGAGCCUGGCAAUGGUCUCUGCAAAGCCUUAUACUCCUUUCAAGCCAGGCAAGAUGAUGAAUUAAAUUUAGAAAAAGGUGACAUUGUGACUAUACACAACAAAAAAGAAGAAGGAUGGUGGUUUGGGUCGUUGAAUGGGAAGAAAGGCCAUUUUCCUGCUGCUUAUGUGGAGGAGCUUCCUUCAAAUACUGGAAACACAGCUACCCAGGCAUAAAAUAGAUGCUCAACGCUGGCUUACACACUCUGUAAACUCUUAAAUUCUACAAUGGUGCAAAUAAAAGAGAAACUUGUUAUUGUGA